AUGGACAUGGUUUAUACAGAAAAGAUGAUUGAAAAUGAAGAAAAAAAGAAAAACGUUUUGGAACAAUUGAAGGUUUUGUUUCAUACAAAUAAAGUUUUACAAGAAGCCUUUGAUACCUUGAAACUUGAAAAUGAUACUUUAAAAGCAGAAAAUGGAACUUUGAAACUUGAAAAGAACACCUUGAAAAUAGAAAAUGAACAUUUGAAACUUGAAAAGAAUACCUUGAAAAUAGAAAAUGAAAAUAAAAAAAAUUCACAGGAAGAGUUUAAUACCUUAAAGGUUGAAAAUGAAACCUUGAAAGUAGAAAAUGAAACCUUGAAAGUAGAAAAUGAAACCUUGAAAGUAGAAAAUGAAACCUUGAAAGUAGAAAAUGAAACCUUGAAAGUAGAAAAUGAAACCUUGAAAAUAGAAAAUGAAACCUUGAAAAUAGAAAAUGAUGUUCAGAGAGCUGAGAGAGGAAAACUAAUACUAGCUGGUCAAAAUAAAGUUAACCAAAUGCAAGAAUAUUUGGAUGAAAAGAUGCUUGAUUCAAAAAAAUUACAAGAAGAGAUGAAACAACAAGUACAAAGUCUUUUAAUGGAAUCAAAACAUGAGAAGCAAAGACAUGCUGAACAAUUGAGUUUUCAAGAAAAUCUUAAAAUUGAAAUGGAUAACCAACAUAAACAAAUAAUCAAUGAUUUAAGUGAAUGUUUUUUGAAGCGUGAGCUGAAACUGAAAUCAGAAAUGGAUUUAAUGCAAAGCAAAUGUCAUGAAAAGGUUAAAAUGUUGAUAGUGAAAUCUGAAGUUGCCCAGAAAGAAAAUGCUAUUGUUUUAUCAACAUUAAAAGAAGAAAAUGACAUUGUUAUCUCAGUAUUAAAAAAAGAAAAUGACAUUGUUGUAUCAAAGUUAAAAGAGGAAAUAAAAAGAUUGAAUGAAAGUAUAAAAAGUUUUGAUAAUAAUAAAUUAUCGGAGGAAAAUGACUACAAAAGAAAAAUUCAAGAGUUGAUAAAUUUACUCAAAAUAACACAGGAUGAUUUAAAAAGAAAAAGUGAAGAUUUGCAGGAUAGACAGCAGGAGAUUAAAUUGCUUCAAAAUUGUGUAAAACGUGAAUGCGAGGAAAGAUUUGAAUUAACAGAAACUCUUGCAAAAACUAAAGAAGAGCUGCUUUCGAUGCAAAUAAAUUUUUCUACUAGUUCAGGUCUGCUUAAAACGAAAAAAGCAAAUAAUGUUGGUACUGAAGCAAAUAAUAUUGAAAAGAGGGAUCACAUUAUAAUUAAUACUGGAGAAAGAAUUUCUAAACUAAAUGAGAAUGAAGCGAGAAAGCGCUGCAUCAAUAAAGAUGAGUUUGAUAAAGCAAAGUUUGUGAUUAGUUUAAGAAAUAGUUUUAGACGUUAGAUUUUUUUAUAUUUCAUUCAA